CUUACCUACCCCGUUCACCCAAUUCCCAUUCCCUCCAUGCAAGGUUUCACUACCUCAUCAUCCACCCAACGCUCUCACCCUCACCCUCACUCCCACUCCUCUCCCCACCUCACACCAACAUUCCAUCUCCUUCUCUCUUCUUUCGCCCUCACCGCUUCCAAAUCAUGGGUCUCCGACACCGGUCAAGGCGGCACCGGAUGGCUCGUCUUGACGUAUUGGGGAUGGAAGAUAGGUAGAACUAUACGUCUCACACGAAGCAGACGUAUCAAGGGUAAAGCUAGGGAAGUUGAUAGUCGUAGUUUCAACCCUUCGCAGAUACGAUUAGCUUUGGCUCAAGGCUUUGAAUCUGUGUUAUUCUUCUCUACUUUGACAUCUGUGGGUCCUCUCAGAACAUUAAUCGUCACCGUAGGAGCGACGGCUAUCAGACCAAUUCCAAUAUGGAAGUCUUCCGAAUGGGCAAGAAUACCUCUGUUUCUGGCUACUACCGUGAUCAUUCUGCAGCCCGUUUUCAAGGAAGACUAUAUUACUACUUUGACCGUACUCUCUCUUCUCAUUACUUCAUUAACUUCUCGCUGGAUCUCCUCGAAGACCUUGCUUGGGAGAGAUAUCAACCGUUCGCGAGAUGACCCAGAGGGGCAGCUGUCGUCUUUGCUUGCCGGCUCAACGGUAAUUCUCCUGACAUUUUUACUAUCCGUCCUGAAAAUCUUUCCUCAACCUUGGCCGUCACUUGAUCCUAACUCACAUCAAUUUCUCCCAUACGCUGCAGCUCUCCUCGCUGCUCGUCAACCUCUACCCAUCAGGACCACCGGGGCCACUUCGACCGAUUUUGAAAGCUCCCAUUCACGAGACACGAUAAUCCUGCUUUUGGUCACUGCGGCACUGCAGUUUUUCGCCUUUCCUCCGAACCCUUCAUCUUCAGAUAUCUUACUACUUCUCCCUCUCACCCUGAUUACUCUCGUAUCUCUGCUCUCUACGAAACGUGACGAGUCUCGAAAAUGGUCUUCCACGCAGGAAAUUACCACGAACACUUCUUUCUCCCUCUUCUCUAUCAUACCCCCCACUUGGCGUCCUCAUUUACGUACCAUACUGAACACCUCAUCCUCAUCGAAGAUAUUUUACUUCCUAUUGCUCAACCUAGCGUAUAUGGCCGUUCAAAUGGCCUAUGGGGUUCUGACCAACUCAUUGGCUAUACACAUGUUGUUCGACUGUCUCGGACUAGCAGUGGGAUUAUGGGCGUCGGUAGCGGCCACAUGGAAACCUGACGGAUUGUAUACAUUCGGUUAUUCUCGCGUUGAAACUUUGAGCGGGUUUGCGAAUGGUGAGAGUUUCACAUUGCACUCCACUCUCCCGCUCCUAUAUGAGCAAUCAUGUCACCGGUCUUGUUCCGAGCAUUGUCAGACAUGGCUUACUCGCUGUUUCCUGAUUUUGGUCUCCCUAUCAAUCAUUUUCGAAGGUAUACAACGAAUCUUCAAUCCACCCACUAUGGACACCCGUAAAUUAUUGUUGGUAUCAAGCAUAGGUCUCGCUAUCAACCUCUGGGGUAUGUGGGCCACAGGUGGUCAUCAUCAUCAUGGCCACGGACAUGGCCAUGAACAUUCUCAUGAUCAUACUCAUGGGAUUGUCCAUAUCGACGUGAAUGAGAAGAAGCUGAACGUCGAGAACCACAGCACACAUGCAGGUCAUCAUGUUGGACAUGACCAUAAUGUUCAUUCUCAUGAGAAACACAAUUACGUUCAUCAGUCCAAUCCAUCUACCCAUCCAACUUAUGACCCUCAAGAACCCAUAAUGGCACAUAAUCACGCUAAUUGUAAACACGACAACCACACAUAUGAACCCAACGGCCAUACACGUUAUCACGACCACGACAAUCACGAAGACGACCACGGCCACGACCACGGCCAUGACCACGACAAAGAUCACAGUCAUGAACAUCACGAUCAUUCGCAUUCACACAACAUGCGUGGAGUUUUCCUCCAUGUUCUCGCUGAUACAUUAGGAAGUGUAGGCGUUAUCAUUUCCACCCUUCUGAUAAAAUUCACCGGAUGGACAGGUUGGGAUCCUUUAGCUAGUUUAUUCAUAGCUGCUCUCAUAAUGGCUUCUGUCAUACCUCUUGUGGUGGAUUCAGCUAAAGUUUUAUGUUUAGAUGUGGGAGUUGAGAAAGAAAGUGAGAUCCGAGCUGCUUUGAGUGAACUAUCAUCAAUAGAAGGAUUACAAACUUACUCCUCACCACGUUUUUGGCCACGUUGCGAAGGUUCUUUAGUCGGUUCUAUACAUAUACGUCUUUCCCCUUCUCCUUCUUCCGUCGAUCAUACUUCUUCAACUCAUAUAGUCCGACCGACGAUUUAUGCAGACAUUGAUAGAGUGGUGAAUCGUGUGGAAAGGUUAUUGAAGAGUAAGAUAAAAGGUUUAGACGAAUUGGUCGUACAGGUGGAAGGAAGUGAUGAAAGGGGUUUUUGUACUUGUAUGACUGGAUGA